UUGCUAGAAGUCCUGCCGUGCGGUUUUGCGUUUACCAAAUUCGGUCUUGACGCAUUCGCGAAUGUCGUCCCAAGUGAUGGUGCGGCAUGCAGGAGAGUCCCGGGUUUUCUUUAGACCUAGCACAAUGAAACGCAUAACAACAAGUAGCAGAUAGUGUCCCAGAAAACAUGGCCAGCGACAGGACAACCAACUGCCGGGUCAAAGGCAAGAAUGAGGCCAUGUCUGCAGAACAUCUUCGUACAACGCUUGUUGGUAGUUUAUAUCUUGCUUGCGUGUCCAACGCCGCUCGACGGACGGGAGGAGGGGGAUACCCAUACCAUACCCACUGGGACGGGGCGAUUGGUAAACAGGGCCUCCUUGUCUCUCCCCCGCGGAGGGUCAGAGCGACAGUUGAGAGACCAUCCAUUUGGUCCCGGCGCGGGUUGCCGAGCGGUGUUGUGGGGAGCUAUUCCUAGCGUUCCUUUUUUUCUCUUUUCAGUCCCAGACUCUCUCUUGUCUGGUUUGGUUGAUCUUGGUCCCGCGCGCUGGUGCAUCGCCUGUCACGCGAAUGCAACCUCGGUCAAAGGGUUAAAGAGAAGUCAGUUCACAUUCAACAGGGAACAGAAUUGGAGUCCAUCCACAGUUCCAAGCCGGCUGAAGAAGAGAACCAAUCUUUUGCUUUCUUGGAGAUGACCUUGCGAGGAGUAGCGGGAGGAGACCAGCAGCAGUCAUCAGCAACAGCACGUCAGUCAGCCAGAAGGAAAGCAGGGGGGCUGCCUGCCUACCGUUGGGAGAGAGAUGCAGGUGUGCAGCUCGAACGCUAGUCUCCGUCUCCU